GCGCCUCCACGUGCAGACGAACGCGCCGAAGGGACUGACCCCUCAGCGGAGCGCGGCCUAAACGAACUCGCCAAAUGUCCAAGUGAGGCUUGUCAACAGGACAUCGAAAACACAGCCUGCGAUAGCAUCCAGGAAAGCGGCCAUGACCCACACCAUGACACGUACGAAGCGUACAAUUCGCAAAAUGUGUGCGGCGUGAGGGAAGACAUUUUCCCCUACGAAAGCUUAUCCAACAUUGAAGAGGACAACAACAACAGCAACCGCAAAGAUCACACCAAUCACACUGACAAAACGGGAAAAAAACAGCUGAUCUGCGAACAUCAGAUGACCAUGGAGAAGGAACUCAUUUUUCAAAACGAAGUCCUACGGAAUGUGCUAAAGAGCUCCCAAAACGUGAAGGAGAUGCAAAGGGAGCUAUUCAACGUGGAUGUGCGCGACUUCGUGCCGGUGAUUCCCCCGGCGCAGGGGCAGAGCGCAUAUUCUCUCAGACGGGACCAUCCCCAGCAGGGCGACAAAGCGGGUGAAAGUAUCGAAGGGCAUCCCCAUUGCCACUACGACGGUCAUAUGGUUAUACGUCAUGGAGGAGAUCACCAAAGCGCCAACCACAGUGCGCCCAGCAGUAAGGGGACAAAAAGCUCCACCCCAUGGAAGACAAAUAUGCACCCACCCAGAAUAGGCGAAAUCAAAGUCAACAUAGACGAUAUAAAAAAAGGUCUACUGACCUACUACUCCAACAUAUACUCCUUGGACCAUUACGAUAUAGAGGAGAGAAUUAAUAUAUUAAAGUAUGGUGAGAAAAAUAUUUCUGAACAUGUUCAGGCGAAUUAUUGCUACAAAAAGAGGGAACUUCCCUCAAGGCCUCCUUUUGUGCAUUACAAUGACGAGUUGGACAACCCUAAUUCACGUGCGUACCAAAGUAUGUUGCCUGACUACUACUACAAGGAGGGUGCUAAUCGUUCCAGGGAUGGAAAGGAAAGGUCCCCCUUAGGCAGUACCAGUUUGGAGCACCACAAAAAAAUGGAAGAAACGAAUGCCUUCAAAAGUGAAUACGAUCACGUCGGACAGAUCUCUGAGCUGCUCAGCAGCCUGAAGAAUAAGUGUGCCGAUGCGAGUUUCAAGGCGCAGAGCCUGACCUCCAAGUUUGACCGGAAGUACGAGAACCCGGACAACCGCUUCUGGGUUCACAACCUGGUUCCGAUGCACCUUAGAAAACCAUCCCUCCAGAAUGAGGACGGAAUCAGGAACCACCUCGUCGUGACCUACUCCCAGCUCUACAACGAAGCAGUGUUGAACAAAAAGAGAAUCGCAGCGUUGGAGAAAAAACUACAUAUACUGAAGCUGCGGGCGAACCUCCCCAUGGGGGGCUACCGGAUGGAGACACGCAAUGCGCUCUAA